AGCUUCAUUUAACACUCCACCAUGGUCCCUUCUGUCACAGUACCUCUGGACUUUACUCCGAGCAGGAUCAAAUCUUAGUGGCAUUAACGCAGAAUGGAUGUGAAACUGCUGGCACUCGUGGCUGCGCUCACGGUGGCGACAUAUUCGCCUCCAUCACAAGCAAAGCCCAUCAGCUUGGUGGAGAGAUGCUACUGCCGCUCAACAGUCAACAACCUCCCACGCAGCUACAUCCGAGAGCUCAGGUUCAUCCAAACACCUAACUGCCCCUUCCAAGUGAUUGCCAAGCUGAAGUCAAACAAAGAGGUGUGUUUGAACCCAGAGACACGGUGGCUGCAGCAGUACCUGAGGAACGCUCUCAACAAGUUGAAGAAAUCCAAGCAGGGCAUCUAAACAGCCUGUAGAGAUCCUCCUGAGCCAUCACUGAGGAUUUGAACCAUCACGGAUAUACAAUGUAUGAUGAGAUCAUCUGGUAUGUUGUGUAGCACUUACCUGGGCUGCCAUGCUGCGGCAGCCUUUUGCAUGGAAUGAACCCACAGCUUUUCAUAACGAACACCAAUCCACCAGCCCUGCCACCAUCUUCACCAUCGUCACUCUCACCACUUAUAGAGGACAUAGUUGUUAUUAGUGUAAAGUGAAUUUAUAUCUGUGAGUGUAUGUUUUUCUAACUAUAAUGUAUAUACUUUUUUAUGUUAAUGGACUUCAACAGUAAAGAAUUAUUUUUGGAGAUUUUCUUGUCCCUGUGGCCUCUCUGUCAUUUAGGUAAAAGGACAUUCAAAAGAAAGUUUAAAGGAGAGGGUUGUAGGUCAGCAGGAGGGUUUCUCCACAACAAACAUGAGCCAAUAUCCUACUUGCAAGUAGCAGAUUCCUGUGGUCUGCUGAGCCAGGAGAAAAUGGAUAUAACUAAUCCUAAACAUGAGAUCUAGUUAUGUUGAUCGUCUCCGAUUUUAAAUUGCACAAAUCGAUGAACAGUGGACAGUUUUUCUUCUAAAAACUGAGGAAUGGGCAGAGAUGUGAAGUUUGCCAAGUUGAAUUUCACGUUUCAAGUUAAUUGGCACUGUGGAAUUUCAGUGAGUGCCAGCUACCCCCAGACUGAAUAUAAGAUGUAUACAAGAUCCUAGUAAAAAUGGCAAUUACAAUGUUGUUGUGAUGGAAAUUAGGAUACCAAAAGCGCUCGAGCAUUUCCUGAGCCGUUCUGUGGCUGUGAUUAUGCGAUCCUGUGUUACCCAACAUAGCUGCUUUUUUCAUUUCCAGAGAAAAGUUGAACAUCUGGAUCCCAAAUACUUUUAAUUGAGAAACCAAUAAGUCAAAAUUUACUGGACUCAUAAAUCUGUGUUAGUCAACAAAAGAUAGCAUGAAUAAAUCAGUUAGCUGUAUUACUAAAUCGGUGUCAAAAAGAUUAACUCAUGUUAGCUGGAUUCUGAUUGCAAUAACUAAUAAAUAAUGAUUUCAAAGAAGAGUGUAGAGCAAUUUGAAUAACAGUUAUCAUUUCAGCAGUUAAAAAAAUAUACUGAACACCACAGUCUAGAGAUUAGUACCUACAAUUGUCAUGCAGAUAGCAAUGCACUUUAUAUCAGAUGUAUUCAUGAUUUAAUGACAAAAUUAAUUAUUACUUGCUCAUUCUGAUCAUUUAAUUCUCUUGUCUUUAUUUGUUAUGUUUAUCUUGCUGUUUCCAUUCUGUUCUUAUUGAUCAAUGAAUAUGUAGCUGCAUUUAACUGUUAAAGUCUGGGAGAUCUAUUCAUCUAUCCCUUCAAAUCUCCUUGUCUUAUGUAAAAUUAAUAUACAAAUGUUUUAUUUUUGUACUCUUUUAUGCAUUUAUAUACUCAGUGCAUACUUUUAAAUGAAGGAGGUAUACUCUCACAAUUGAGCCAUUGAGCCAACUUUUUAUUGUAAAACAUGUAUGUAGUUGGUCAGUUAAAAAAGGAAGUCUUUAAAAUGUUAUGGUUACUCUUUUUAUGUAUGCUUUGCUAUAUAUUAUCAGUCUUUUCAUCAUAAAUAUAUACACUUAUAUCCACUGAUGCACAUGGUUCAGUUAAGUGAUUCUUUACCUCUUUAGAUUCAGCGUAAAGCAGGCUUUUCCAGGGCCAGCACACAACUGGUGUAAUCUUACUGUACUAGUGGGUUAGAGGCUAAAUUUGAUGCUUUGAUGUGAGAACAUGUGUUUAGCUUUACUCACAAGAGCAAAUGAAAGGCAAGGACAAUGAUCCUGCCUGUUAUUUAACUAUUAACUCAACAAGAGGGCCAUUAGGAAAACAUUAGAGCUAAAAGGGAUGAACUUUUAACUUCCCUCUAAGGGCAUUAUGUGAGGCAGAGCACAGUAGUAUAUGUGAUGAGAAUGGUCUGCUGAUUGAAACAUCAGGGUGAGAUAAAGGGCUGUGAGUGGCAGUCCACAGCCCAUUUUGCCAUGUUUACAGAUCAGCUUUGAAGUCCAGUUUAAGCGUGACAAAAGCAGAGUCAGCAGCACUCUUGUUUGGAGAUAAAGCCAUUGAUUUAGCCCCUGUGUCCCGAUUUGGAAUGGAAAUUAAUCACAUAUAAUCACUGUGUGACCUUACUGUGUUUAACUUUGUUAAAUGUGGAUAUCACUGCAAGGAUCUGCAGGUAGCAACAAGUAUUUUCCUCCCCCAUGCUGUGAAAAUUGAGCUGCUUUUCAUGUGCUUUUCAUUUUAUCAGUCAAGCAGAGGAAGUAUCUUCAUAUCUUCCAGUUAAGCCUUUGUACUCAGAUUAAACUCUUUUAAAAACACAUGUUCACUGAAAAUAUUUCAAUUAAACUUUAUAUGACAAAUA